GGUCCACUCGUGGGCUGUGCGGAGGCGAGGGCUGCAGGCUCUGUGCUCCAAGCUCCAGGCGGCGGAAGCGACGCCUCCAAUCAGGCAGCGGGCUCGCGACCCUCCGCGCGACCAGCCAGCACUGCCCGCCCCGCGGACUGACUGACGCGCCGGCUCGCCUCCGCCCCCGCGCCUGUCUCCGCCUAGUCUACCCCGGCUGGGCUCAGGCUCCGCUGCGCUUGGCUGCAGCCCUUGCCAGGCCCUUUCCCUGUCCGCUGCAGCUUCUGAGGCCGGCUUGCUUGCUAGGCAGCUAUAAGUGAUCUCCAAGGCAGGGCCAAGGAUGAAGUGCAAGCCUAACCAGACGCGGACCUACGACCCUGAAGGCUUCAAGAAGCGCGCUGCGUGCCUGUGCUUCCGCAGCGAGCGCGAGGAGGAGGUGUUGCUGGUGAGCAGCAGCCGCUACCCCGACCGCUGGAUCGUGCCGGGAGGGGGCAUGGAGCCCGAGGAGGAGCCGGACGGCGCGGCGGUGCGCGAGGUGUUUGAGGAGGCAGGAGUCAAGGGGAAGUUGGGCCGCCUCUUGGGCGUCUUUGAGCAGAACCAGGAUCGCAAGCACCGGACCUAUGUGUUCGUGCUCACCGUCACCGAGCUGCUGGAGGAUUGGGAAGACUCGGUCAGCAUCGGCAGGAAGCGAGAGUGGUUCAAGAUCGAGGAUGCCAUCAAGAUGAACAGAGAAACCAUGUUCAAGAUUACACCGAAAUCAUCAUGGAUGUGAAUCCAGUAUUUAGUGGUAUUGUCAAGUUCACGGGAGCAUUUUAAGGUUCCCAAGGAGACCACUCAUCUGGUUUUCCUGCUACACCUUGGAACACUCCUCUGUCUUAUUUACCAACGUUUUUGCUCUGGUUGUUGUACUCUUGUAUGUGAACAGACUUAAUUCAACACCUAUAGCCUUUUGUUGUGCAUUUCUGAUGUGUUUGCCUUCUUCAUUAGACUAUUACCUUUGAGAGCAACUACUAUUUUUCCUUACUCUGCAUAUUCUGCAUCCAAGACACUACUUGAAAUAUGUUUGGCAUCACUGGAGGUCUCUGAUUCAAUUAAUAUUUUGUAAUCUCUUUGUGGCAAAACAUUUCCUUUCCAAUCUGGUGCUAGUAGAGUAUCUGCUGUCUGAGCACCAUGUGUGUGGCUCAUGUGUAAUAGGUGUUUCACAAGCAUUUCAGGACAGUUGAAAGCAUUCAAGGACAAGAAUUAGUACUCAUUUAUAUGUCACAUCACACAAUGGCUGGCACAGUUUUAAUAUUAUGCCAUCACUUAAGCUAACACUUGAUAGAACUAGUCCUUCAUGUAACAACUUUCAUGUUUUUGUACUGUUGUUAAUUUGCUUAAAAUUUUAUUCAAAAAUAUCACUUGCUAUAAAGGUAAUUGU